CAAAACACUGGGCCACCUGCAGCAGAGCGCAUGAACUUAACCACUCGGCCAUGGGGCCAGCCCCUCAUGCUACUCUUUUUAAGUGUCAAAGGCUACUGCCUCUGCCCUUUCUUAUUGACCCACCACCUCAGUGGGAGGAUGGAUAUUUCAGCUAGGAAGGUUUGGUCCUAUCUGCCCCUACUUUUCCUGCUGCCUCCACAGCCCUAGGGGCAAACUGGGCUAAUACCUCCCCCAAGGACUUAAAAGGGUUACAUGAAUGAUAUCCUUCACAGGGAGGGCACAGACUUCUGCCAACUGGGGGAACCUGAGGUACCCUGUCAAUGCACUUAGUUGGGGAGGAUGGGACAAAAUUUGGUGUGAUUUUUAGCUAUGACCUUGUUAAUGCCUGACUCCAGGCUAGUUAGGCUUACAAUUGAGGAUGACGGUUUGUCAGGCUAGUUUUCAAAAGUCCUGCCACCUGCUUUUGCAUCUCUGAUCCAGAAUCUAAAAAGAAAUAAGAGCUGCUGGAAGGAGCAUACUCCAAGAGCAAUCUUAGUGGCUUAGGAGUCUCUUGAUGGUUGUCACUACUUUCUCUCCUUAUGUUAAAAUUAGGUCCUUUUGCACAUCUGACCUGGAAUGCUCAUUACAGGUAACUACCCUCCUGCUGCCAUUUCUGUGAGGUCUGGGAUAGACUCACAAAUGUCUCAGGUUUUCUAGAAGUAUAUCAAGCAAUCUCAAGGCCUGAUAGCAGUAGAGAAUAGUGGUUAAUGGCUGGGUUGGAAUAGUUAACUCUUCCACUUAGCUGUGUGGCCUUGGGCAAUCACUUAACUUCUCUGUGCCUCAGUUUCUCACUUUGAAGUAUAGUUAAAACUUCAUAUGGCUGAGGUGAAAAUUAAAUUGAGGUGAUAUAUGACAUGCUCCGCACAGUUCCUCAUACAUAAUAAACCCUUAAGAAAUCGUGGCUAUCAUGUUAUUGGAGGUCAUUCUAGUGAGGGUCUGCUUCCCUGCCUCUGGAUAUAGACAGCAGGGGGGGAUCCUUCCAUUUUCCAACUUCUGUCUCUUGGUUUACUCAUGUCACUAUAGGACAGGUGUGGGGUCACUGCUGGACUUCUUUGCUGAAAUAGACCUGAAUGGUCAGUGCAGGGUACAUGAUGUCGUGUGGCCAGCACAGAGCACACCUAGUCCCGAUCCUUCCUACGACCCUGGCCAGUAGGGAUUUAGGUCUCCUGCACUGUCCAAUAUGGAAGCCACAAGUCACAUGCGGCUAUUUAAGUUUGAGUAUUAAAAUUAAAUAAAAAGUUCCUCAGUUGCACCAUCUACUUUUCAAAGUGCUCAAUAGCUGCAUGUGGCUAAGUUAUAUUAGAUAGCGUGGAUAUAGUGCAUUUCCAUCACUGCAGAAAGUUCCAUUGAACAGCACUGUAAACCUUUUCCCACAAAACCAGCCCUACGCCUGAUCUUGCCUGCCUUUCUCCACAUCUUCCUUAAAUCCUAGGAAAAACAUGGCCAUUGGUUUGAAUCAUAGCUCAAGUUCUCACCACAUGUGGUUUCUUGGGCAAGUUUACCUAUUUUAGCCUCAAUCUCGUCAUCUGUAACACAGACAUAAUUCCAUGUAAUUCACACUCAGGGCGAGGAAUAACUAAGAAUAUAUAAAGUAUCUAGCACAUGGUUAAUUUGUCUCCUCCUGUCCAUCCCUGGGUACAGCUAAUGCAGAAAAGACAUUCCAAUCCCCUCUCAUCCAGACUUGACGGGGGUGGGGGGUGUCUGCAAGCAGUGUUUUGGGAUCUUGUCUAGGGUAACAGUAUUCCGACCAGGUAGCAGUACAUCCCCUCUGUUUACUAAAAAGGGACACAGGCCCUGAAGAUCCGGAGAAAAAGACUGGGGUUAGGGAGGCAAACUCUACAUUUAUGUUAUGUUGGGGAAGGUGUGUGUGGUGAUUGUGGGGGCACUGACAGUCUUCUUUGGGGUUUGAGAACCAGAAGGAACGACCAGGGGCUCGUCCCGCUUUCCUUUGGGCCCCCGAACGUGGCGAGAACCCACCCUUUGCAGCGCCAGGCGCCGUGCCUCACUUUCUCCAUUUGCGGACUCCAGUUCCCAGGAUGCAGAGCAGCGGCCAAUCUCCUGGCUCUUCUUCCAUCCCCCUCCCGGGAAAGACUGCCCCUGGCCAAGGCAAGGGGGCAGCUGGAGUUUCAGGGGCCGAUAACUCCCAGGGAACAGAAUUAGAAAGUGGCCGAAGUCCUAGUUUCACAAGCCGGGCGGUCAAGAAGGCAGUUGCAGGGUCGGGGCAAAGAGGAAGGGGGCUUCAUUCCCACGUGUCUGCACGGCGGCCGGCCCGGCGCAGUCAGGGUUAAUCCCCGGCGGAGGGAUCCCGCAGCGUGUGCGUAGAACUGCAGAGUCACAGCCUUUCCUCCGAGAGGGCCGUCUCCCUCCGCCGCUCCGCUCCAACACAAAAUAGGGCCGCGUCUUCUCCUUUCUCCCCUUCUCGAGUGGGGUUCCCCAGGCAAAAGGCCCCCCCAGGAUCUCGCGCCGGAGGCUUCCUGAAUCUUCACGACCGCUGCCGAGAUCUCGGGCCAGGAAAUAGCCCCUUCGCAGGAACCACCCUACCGGCCGAACAGGAGGCGGAGGGGGGGAGGCGGAGCGGCGCCGCGCUGCACUACUUUCCUCUCCGGUUGCAAAUGGCUGCCUCGUUCCCCACUUUCCGCUCAGUUUCCUGACCCCCCGGCGCCGGGAGCCGGGGUUGAGCCAUGCACCUCUAGGCCCCCCGCGAUCACAGCCAGUCGGGGGUCGAGGGGGUGCCGCCGAUCAGAGCCGGCUAGGCCGGGGGCGGGGCAGCUCCCGAGGCCAGAGGGGAAGGGAGGCGAGCGCAGGGCCUGGAGCGGCCGGAGGGGAGCGGGCAGAGGACUCGCACCGCCCGCCCCUUCCUCUUCCUCGCCCACCUACCCUCCUCCCUUCCCCGGGGGGGAGCAGAAGGUGGGGGGCUCGAAGCCGCCGAGGGCGAGCGCUCGGGGUCGAGGAGCCCGGCGCUGGGUGUGUGUCAGGUUCAGCCCCGCGGCCCCGCCGGCUCCGCGUCGCCGUAGCUCGCGCGGCCCCGGGGCGCCGGCCCGGGCGGGGAGAGGGGCUCGGCGCUCCUGCGAGGGUCUCACGUUCCAUCCGGGCCCGGCGCAGGGCGGCGCGGCAUUCCUUCCGGGCUGCUGGGGAGGCGCCUCGACGUUCCAUCUGGAGAGCCUCGACGUUCCGCCCGAGCCCAGCGCGGGCGGCCGGGGCGCUGGCCCUGCCCUAGGACUGAGAGGCCGCCCGGCGACGCGGAUGCGGAGCCUGCUCGCCCAAGAUCAAAGCCACCGGUGCUCUCUUUGUGUCCGCUCGGGAUUCGCCGCCCUGGGGCUGUCCAUGGAAACCUAAACUGCUGGAACUCGAGGCAGAGAACCCCUCUUCGGCUUCUUGCUUUUUUUGGGGAGGGAGGGUGGCCUCUCCGACCUGGAUUUACCGUUCUUGGCCCCCGUAAGCCCCCCCGUGCGGGGGGCGGCUGUGAUCGCUCUGGCGGUUGGAGGUCGGGGAGCGGCCCGGGCUCUGGCCAUGUUCUCGGAUGAGGAUUUCUGGAUCGCCCUGUGAAGAGGUCUCCCCGAGAGGGCCCUGCCCAGUCGGAGAGAGGGAUGGACAGCCAGAAGCCGCCUGGUGAGGAUAAAGAUUCAGAACCGGCAGCUGAUGGACCUGCAGCCUCCGAGGAAUCAGGCGCCACUGAGCCAGACCUUCCCAACCCACAUGUGGGGGAGGUCUCUGUGCCCAGUUCUGGGGGUCCCAGGGUUCAGGAGCCUCUCCAGGACUGCAGUGGGGGUCCGCCGCGGCGCUGUGCUCUCUGUAACUGCGGGGAGCCCAGUCUACACGGGCAACGGGAGCUACGGCGCUUUGAGUUGCCAUUUGACUGGCCCCGGUGUCCAGUGGUGUCCCCUGGGGGGAACCCAGGGCCCAGUGAGGCAGCGCUGCCCAGUGAGGACCUAUCACAGAUUGGUUUCCCUGAGGGUCUGACACCUGCCCACCUAGGAGAACCUGGAGGGUCCUGCUGGGCUCACCAUUGGUGUGCUGCAUGGUCGGCAGGCGUAUGGGGGCAGGAGGGCCCAGAAUUAUGUGGUGUGGACAAGGCCAUCUUCUCAGGGAUCUCACAGCGCUGCUCCCACUGCACCAGGCUCGGUGCCUCCAUCCCUUGCCGCUCGCCCGGAUGUCCACGGCUUUACCACUUCCCCUGUGCGACUGCCAGCGGUUCCUUCUUAUCCAUGAAAACACUGCAGCUGCUAUGCCCGGAGCACAGUGAGGGGGCCGCACAUCUGGAGGAGGCUCGUUGUGCAGUAUGUGAGGGGCCCGGGGAAUUGUGUGACCUGUUCUUCUGUACCAGCUGUGGGCAUCACUAUCAUGGGGCCUGCCUGGACACUGCUCUGACUGCCCGCAAGCGUGCUGGCUGGCAGUGCCCUGAAUGCAAAGUGUGCCAAGCCUGCAGGAAACCUGGGAAUGACUCUAAGAUGCUGGUCUGUGAGACUUGUGACAAAGGAUACCAUACCUUUUGCCUAAAACCACCUAUGGAGGAACUGCCUGCUCACUCUUGGAAGUGUAAGGCAUGCCGUGUAUGCCGGGCCUGUGGGGCAAGCUCAGCAGAGCUGAAUCCCAACUCUGAGUGGUUUGAGAACUACUCACUCUGUCAUCGCUGUCACAGAGCCCAGGGAGGACAGCCUAUCAGUUCUGUUGCUGAGCAGCAUCCUCCUGUCUGUAGCAGAUUCUUACCCCCAGAGCCUGGCGAUACCCCCACUGAUGAGCCCGAUGCUCUGUAUGUUGCAUGCCACGGGCAGCCAAAGGGUGGGCACGUGACCUCUAUGCAACCCAAGGAACCGGGGCCCCUGCAAUGUGAAGCCAAACCACUAGGGAGAGCAGGGGCCCAACUUGAGCCCCAGUUGGAGGCCCCCCUAAAUGAGGAGAUGCCACUGCUGCCUCCACCUGAGGAGUCGCCCCUGUCCCCACCACCUGAGGAAUCACCCACAUCCCCGCCGCCUGAGGCAUCGCGUCUGUCCCCACCACCUGAGGAAUCACCCCUCUCUCCGCCACCUGAGGAGUCUCCUCUGUCUCCCCCACCUGAGUCGUCACCUUUUUCUCCACUGGAGGAGUCACCCUUCUCUCCACCACAGGAGUCACCCCCUUCUCCCCCACUUGAGACACCCCUGUCCCCACCGCCUGAAACAUCACCCCUGUCCCCACCACUUGAAGAGUCUCCCCUGUCCCCGCCUCCUGAGGAAUUGCCCACUUCCCCUCCACCUGAAGCAUCUCGCUUGUCUCCACCACCGGAGGAAUCGCCUAUGUCCCCUCCGCCUGAAGAGUCACCCAUGUCUCCACCACCUGAAGCAUCUCGUCUCUUCCCACCAUUUGAAGAAUCACCCCUGUCCCCUCCACCAGAGGAGUCUCCCCUCUCCCCACCACCUGAGGCAUCGCGCUUGUCCCCACCACCUGAGGACUCACCCAUGUCCCCACCGCCUGAAGACUCACCUAUGUCCCCCCCGCCUGAGGUAUCUCGCCUGUUGCCCUUGCCUGAGUUGUCACGCCUCUCCCCACCGCCUGAGGAAUCUCCCCUGUCCCCACCACCUGAAGAGUCUCCCACGUCCCCUCCACCUGAGGCUUCACGUCUAUCCCCACCACCUGAAGACUCACCCACGUCUCCGCCUCCUGAAGACUCACCUGCUUCCCCGCCACCUGAGGACUUGCUCGUGUCCCUACCGCUGGAGGAGUCACCCCUGUCACCACUGUCUGAGGAACCUCAACUCUGCCCCCGACCUGAGGAGCUGCGCCUGUCUCCUGGGUCUGAGGGGCGACAUCUGUCCCCUGCAUCUGAGGGGCCACGUCUGUCCCCUCAGCCUGAGGAGCCACGUCUGUCCCCUCGGCCUGAGGAGCCAUGUCUGUCUCCCCGGCCUGAGGAGCCAUGUCUGUCCCCCCGGCCUGAGGAGCCGUGCCUGUCCCCUGCACCUGAGGAGCCGCAUCUGUCCCCUCAGCCUGAGGAGCUGCAUCUGUCCCCCCAACCUGAGGAACCACCCCUGUCCCCCCAGCCUGAGGAGCUGCAUCCGUCCCCGCAGCCUGAGGAGCCACCCCUGUCACCUCGGCCUGAGGAGCUGCAUCUGUCCCCCCAUCCUGAGGACCUACAUCUGUCCCCCCAUCCUGAGGAGCUGCGUCUGUCCCCCCGGCCUGAGGAAACACACCUGUCCCCCCAGCCUGAGGAACCGUGCCUGUCCCCUCGACCUGAAGAGCACCCUGAGCAGCCAGGCCUAUGCCCUGCACCUGAGGAAUUGCCCUUGUUCCUCCCACCUGGGGAGCCACCCUUGUCCCCCUUGCUUGGAGAGCCGGCCCUGUCUGAGCCUGGGGAACCACCUCUGUCCCCUCUGCCUGAGGAGCUGCCGUUGUCCCCAUCUGGGGAGCCAUCCUUGUCACCUCAGCUGAUGCCACCAGAUCCUCUUCCUCCUCCGCUCUCACCUAUUAUCACAGCUGUGGCCCCGCCAGCCCUGUCUCCUUUGGGGGAGUUAGAGUACCCCUUUGGUGCCAAAGGGGACAGUGACCCUGAGUCGCCAUUGGCUGCUCCCAUCCUAGAGACACCCAUCAGCCCUCCACCAGAAGCUAACUGCACUGACCCUGAGCCUGUACCCCCUAUGAUCCUUCCCCCAUCUCCAGGCUCCCCAAUGGGACUGGCCUCUCCCGUCCUGAUGGAGCCCCUUCCCCCUCAGUGUUCUCCACUCCUCCAGGAUUCCCUGCCUCCCCAAAACUCCCUGCCUUCCCAGUGUUCUCCUGCUCUGCCGCUGUCCCUUCCUUCCCCAUUGAGUCCCAUGGAGAAGGCAGUAGAGGUCUCAGAGGAGGCUGAGCCACACGAGAUGGAGACUGAGAAAGUCCCAGAACCUGAGUGCCCAGCCUUAGAGCCCAGCCCUACUAGUCCUCUCUCCUCCCCCAUGGGGAACCUUUCCUGCCCUGCACCCAGCCCUGCCCCAGCUCUGGAUGACUUUUCUGGCCUGGGGGAAGACAUAGCCCCUCUGGAUGGGACUGACACUCCUGGUUCACAGCCAGAGGCUGGGCAGACCCCUGGCAGUUUGGCUAGUGAACUUAAGGGUUCCCCUGUGCUCCUGGACCCCGAGGAGCUGGCCCCUGUGACUCCUAUGGAGGUCUACGGCCCAGAAUGCAAGCAGGCAGGGCAGGGCUCACCCUGUGAAGAGCAAGAGGAGCCACGUGCACCAGUGGCCCCUACCCCACCCACUCUCAUCAAAUCCGACAUUGUUAAUGAGAUCUCCAAUCUGAGCCAGGGUGAUGCCAGUGCCAGUUUUCCUGGCUCAGAGCCCCUGCUGGGCUCUCCUGACCCCGAGGGGGGUGGCUCCUUGUCCAUGGAGCUGGGGGUAUCUACAGAUGUCAGUCCAGCCCGAGAUGAGGGCUCCCUUCGGCUCUGUACCGACUCGCUGCCGGAGACUGAUGACUCGCUCUUGUGUGAUGCUGGGACAGCUAUCGGUGGAGGCAAAGCUGAGGGGGACAAGGGGAGGCGGCGCAGCUCCCCAGCUCGUUCCCGCAUCAAACAGGGUCGCAGCAGUAGUUUCCCGGGAAGACGCCGGCCACGUGGAGGAGCCCAUGGAGGACGUGGGAGAGGACGGGCCCGGCUAAAAUCAACUACUUCUUCUGUUGAGACUCUGGUAGUUGCUGAUAUCGAUAGCUCUCCCAGCAAGGAAGAAGAAGACGAUGAUGACGACACCAUGCAAAAUACUGUGGUUCUCUUCUCCAACACAGACAAGUUUGUCCUAAUGCAGGACAUGUGUGUGGUAUGUGGCAGCUUUGGCCGGGGGGCAGAGGGCCACCUCCUUGCCUGUUCCCAGUGCUCUCAGUGCUAUCAUCCUUACUGUGUCAACAGCAAGAUCACCAAGGUGAUGCUGCUAAAGGGCUGGCGUUGUGUGGAGUGCAUCGUGUGUGAGGUGUGUGGCCAGGCCUCAGACCCCUCACGCCUGCUGCUCUGUGAUGACUGUGACAUUAGCUACCACACGUACUGCCUGGACCCCCCACUGCUCACCGUGCCCAAGGGCGGCUGGAAGUGCAAGUGGUGUGUGUCUUGUAUGCAAUGUGGGGCCGCCUCCCCUGGCUUCCACUGUGAAUGGCAGAAUAGUUAUACACAUUGUGGGCCCUGUGCCAGCCUGGUGACCUGCCCUAUCUGUCAUGCCCCAUAUGUGGAGGAGGACCUGCUAAUCCAGUGCCGCCACUGUGAACGGUGGAUGCAUGCUGGCUGCGAGAGCCUUUUCACAGAGGAUGAUGUGGAGCAGGCGGCUGAUGAGGGCUUUGACUGUGUCUCCUGCCAGCCGUAUGUGGUCAAGCCCGCUGCGCCUGUUGCGCCUCCAGAGUUGGUGCCUAUGAAGGUGAAAGAGCCAGAGCCCCAGUACUUUCGCUUCGAGGGUGUGUGGCUGACAGAAACUGGCAUGGCUGUGCUGCGUAACCUGACCAUGUCACCCCUGCACAAGCGGCGCCAGCGGCGAGGACGGCUUGGCCUCCCAGGCGAGGCAGGGUUAGAGGGUUCCGAGCCCUCAGAUGCCCUUGGCCCUGAUGACAAGAAGGAUGGGGACCUGGACACUGAUGAGCUGCUCAAGGGUGAAGGUGCUGUAGAACACAUGGAAUGUGAAAUUAAACUGGAGGGCCCCAUCAGCCCUGAUGGGGAGCCUGGCAAAGAGGAGACUGAAGAAAGCAAAAAACGCAAACGCAAACCCUAUCGGCCUGGCAUCGGUGGUUUCAUGGUGCGACAACGGAAAUCCCACACACGUGUGAAAAAGGGGCCUGCUGCACAGGCGGAGGUGUUGAGUGGGGAUGGGCAGCCCGACGAGGGUGAGACGGUGAUGCCUGCCGACCUACCUGCAGAGGGCUCCGUGGACCAGAGCUUAGCUGAUGGGGAUGAGAAGAAGAAGCAGCAGCGGCGAGGGCGCAAGAAGAGCAAACUGGAGGACAUGUUCCCUGCUUACCUGCAGGAAGCCUUCUUUGGGAAGGAGCUGCUGGACCUGAGCCGGAAGGCCCUUUUUGCAGUUGGGGUGGGCCGGCCAAGCUUUGCACUAGGAACCCCAAAAGCCAAGGGGGAUGGAGGCUCAGAUAGGAAGGAGCUCCCCACUUCACAGAAAGGAGAUGAUGGUCCAGAUGUUGCAGAUGAAGAAUCUCGUGGCCCCGAGGGCAAGGCUGACACACCAGGACCUGAGGAUGGGGGCGUAAAGGCAUCCCCAGUGCCUAGUGACCCCGAGAAGCCAGGCACCCCAGGUGAAGGGAUGCUUAGCUCUGACUUAGACAGGAUUCCCACAGAAGAACUGCCCAAGAUGGAAUCCAAGGAUGUGCAACAGCUCUUCAAGGACGUUCUGGGUUCCGAACGAGAGCAGCAUCUGGGCUGUGGAACCCCUGGCCUAGAUGGCAGCCGUACACCGUUGCAGAGGCCCUUUCUUCAAGGUGAUUUGGCUGAGAGUGGUUCGAAGACUGUGUGGACAGGUGGACUCUCUUUGGGCAGUCUCCCCUCCAGCAGCCCAAUGGACUCCUACCCGGGCCUCUGCCAGUCCCCAUUCCUGGAUUCUAGGGAGCGCGGGGGCUUCUUUAGCCCAGAACCCGGUGAGCCAGACAGCCCCUGGACAGGCUCAGGGGGCACCACGCCCUCCACCCCUACCACCCCUACCACGGAGGGUGAGGGCGACGGGCUCUCCUAUAACCAGCGGAGCCUUCAGCGCUGGGAGAAGGACGAGGAGUUGGGCCAGCUCUCCACCAUCUCACCUGUGCUCUAUGCCAAUAUGAACUUUCCCAAUCUCAAGCAAGAUUACCCAGACUGGUCUAGCCGUUGCAAACAAAUCAUGAAGCUCUGGAGAAAAGUUCCAGCUGCUGACAAAGCCCCCUACCUGCAAAAGGCCAAAGAUAACCGAGCGGCUCACCGCAUCAACAAGGUGCAGAAGCAGGCUGAGAGUCAGAUCAACAAGCAGACCAAGGUGGGCGACAUGGCCCGCAAGACUGACCGACCGGCCCUGCAUCUCCGCAUUCCUCCCCAGCCAGGGGCCCUGGGCAGCCCACCCCCUGCUGCUGCCCCCACCAUUUUCAUUGGCAGCCCCACAACCCCCGCCGGCUUGUCUACCUCUGCGGAUGGGUUCCUGAAGCCGCCGGCGGGCACGGUGCCCGGCCCCGACUCGCCUGGUGAGCUCUUCCUCAAGCUCCCACCCCAGGUGCCCGCCCAAGUGCCUUCGCAGGACCCCUUUGGACUGGCCCCCACCUACGCUCUGGAUCCCCGCUUCCCCACGGCACCACCCACCUAUCCUCCCUAUCCUAGUCCGACCGGGGCCCCUGCACAGCCCUCAACGCUGGGCGCUUCAUCUCGUCCUGGGACUGGCCAGCCAGGGGAAUUCCACACUACCCCACCUGGCACCCCCCGACACCAGCCCUCCACACCUGAUCCCUUCCUCAAACCCCGCUGCCCCUCACUGGACAACCUAGCUGUGCCUGAGAGCCCAGGGGUAGGGGGAGGCAAGGCUUCCGAGCCCCUACUGUCACCCCCGCCUUUUGGGGAAACUCGGAAGGCUCUAGAGGUGAAGAAGGAAGAACUUGGGGCAUCCUCUCCUAGCUAUGGGCCCCCAAACCUGGGCUUUGUAGACUCACCCUCCUCAGGCCCCCACCUGGGUGGCCUGGAGUUAAAGGCACCUGAUGUCUUCAAAGCCCCCCUGACCCCUCGGGCAUCUCAGGUAGAGCCCCAGAGCCCGGGCUUGGGCUUAAGGCCCCAGGAGCCACCCCCUGCCCAGGCUUUGGCCCCUUCUCCCCCCAGCCAUUCAGACAUCUUUCGCCCUGGCCCCUACCCUGACCCCUAUGCUCAGCCCCCAUUGACCCCUCGGCCCCAACCCCCACCCCCUGAGAGCUGCUGUGCCCUGCCCCCUCGCUCACUGCCCUCUGACCCUUUCUCCCGAGUGCCUGCCAGUCCCCAGUCCCAGUCCAGCUCCCAGUCCCCGUUGACACCCCGUCCUCUCUCUGCUGAGGCUUUCUGCCCAUCCCCCGUUACCCCACGCUUCCAGUCCCCUGACCCUUAUUCUCGCCCCCCAUCACGCCCUCAGUCCCGUGACCCAUUUGCCCCAUUGCAUAAACCACCCCGACCCCAGCCCCCUGAAGUUGCCUUCAAGGCUGGGCCUCUAGCCCACACCCCGCUGGGGGCUGGGGGCUUCCCAGCAGCCCUGCCCUCAGGGCCAGCAGGUGAGCUCCAUGCCAAGGUUCCAGGUGGGCAGCCCCCCAAUUUUGCCCGGUCCCCUGGGACAGGUGCAUUUGUGGGCACCCCCUCGUCCAUGCGUUUCACUUUCCCUCAGGCAGUAGGAGAACCUUCCUUAAAGCCCCCUGUCCCUCAGCCUGGCCUCCCUCCACCCCAUGGGAUCAACAGCCAUUUUGGGCCCGGCCCUACCUUGGGCAAGCCUCAAAGCACAAACUUCACAGUAGCCACAGGGAACUUCCACCCAUCGGGCAGCCCCCUGGGACCCAGCACUGGGUCCACAGGAGAGGGCUAUGGGCUGUCCCCGCUACGCCCACCAUCAGUCCUGCCACCAUCUGCACCCGAUGGAUCCCUCCCCUACCUGUCCCAUGGAGCCUCACAGCGGGCAGGCAUCACCUCUCCAGUCGAUAAGCGAGAAGACCCAGGGGCUGGAAUGGGCAGCUCUUUGGCGGCACCAGAGCUUCCAGGUACCCAGGACCCAGGCAUGUCCAGCCUCAGCCAGACAGAGCUGGAGAAGCAGCGGCAGCGCCAGCGACUACGGGAGCUACUGAUUCGGCAGCAGAUGCAGCGCAACACUCUGCGGCAGGAGAAGGAAACAGCUGCAGCAGCUGCAGGAGCAGUGGGGACUCCGGGUAGCUGGGGUGCUGAACCUAGCAGUCCUGCCUUUGAGCAGCUGAGUCGAGGCCAGACCCCCUUCACUGGGACCCAGGACAAGAACAGCCUUGUGGGGCUGCCCCCAGGCAAGCUGGGUGGCCCCAUCUUGGGGCCAGGGGCUUUCCCCAGCGAUGACCGACUGUCCCGGCCACCUCCACCAGCCACCCCUUCUUCUAUGGAUGUGAACAGCCGGCAACUGGUGGGAGGCUCCCAAGCUUUCUAUCAGCGAGCACCCUAUCCUGGGUCCCUGCCCUUACAGCAGCAGCAGCAGCAACAACUGUGGCAGCAGCAGCAGCAACAGCAACAGGCAACGGCAGCAACCUCCAUGCGACUAGCCAUGUCUGCUCGCUUUCCAUCAGCUCCUGGGCCUGAACUUGGCCGCCAAGCCCUAGGUUCCCCCUUGGCGGGAAUUCCCACCCGCCUGCCUGGCCCUGGUGAGCCACUGCCUGGUCCAGCUGGUCCUGCCCAGUUCAUUGAGUUGCGGCACAAUGUACAGAAAGGACUAGGGCCUGGGGGCGCUCCGUUUCCUGGUCAGGGCCCCCCUCAGAGACCCCGUUUUUACCCUGUAAAUGAGGACUCCCACCGACUGCCUCCUGAAGGACUUCGAGGCCUAGCAGUAUCAGGCCUUCCGCCACAGAAACCCUCAGCCCCGCCGGCCCCUGAACUGAACAACAGCCUCCAUCCAACACCCCACACCAAGGUUCCCACCCUGCCCCCUGGCUUGGAGCUGGUCACCCGGCCCCCCUCGAGCUCUGAGCUUGGCCGCCCUCCUCCUUUGGCCCUGGAAGCUGGGAAGUUACCCUGUGAGGAUCCUGAGCUGGAUGAUGACUUUGAUGCCCACAAGGCCCUAGAGGAUGACGAGGAGCUUGCUCACUUGGGCCUGGGUGUGGAUGUGGCCAAGGGAGAUGAUGAGCUGGGCACCCUGGAAAACCUGGAGACCAACGACCCCCACCUGGAUGACUUGCUGAAUGGGGAUGAGUUUGACCUACUGGCCUAUACUGAUCCUGAGUUGGACACUGGGGACAAGAAAGAUAUUUUCAAUGAGCACUUGAGGCUGGUGGAGUCAGCCAAUGAAAAGGCUGAGCGGGAGGCCCUGUUGCGGGGGGUGGAGCCAGGACCCUUGGGCCCAGAGGAGCGCCCUCCUCCAGCUGCUGAUGCCUCUGAGACCCGUCUGGCAUCCGUGCUCCCUGAGGUGAAGCCCAAGGUGGAGGAGGGUGGGCGCCACCCUUCCCCAUGCCAGUUCACCAUUACCACCCCCAAAGUAGAGCCAGCGCCUGCCACCCCUUCCUUAGGCCUGGGGCUGAAGCCAGGACAAAGUGUGAUGGGCAGCCGGGACACCCGAAUGGGCACAGGACCCUUUUCUAGCAGUGGGCACACAACUGAGAAAGGCCCCUUUGGCGCCACAGGAGGACCACCAUCUCACCUGUUGACCCCCAGCCCACUAAGUGGCCCAGGAGGGUCCUCCUUGCUGGAAAAGUUUGAGCUAGAGAGUGGGACCCUGACCUUGCCUGGUGGACACGCAGCAUCUGGGGAUGAGCUGGACAAGAUGGAGAGCUCACUGGUAGCUAGUGAGUUACCCCUGCUUAUCGAGGACCUGUUGGAGCAUGAGAAGAAGGAGCUGCAGAAGAAGCAGCAGCUUUCAGCACAGCUGCAGCCUGCCCAGCAGCAGCAGCAGCAGCAGCAGCAGCAGCAGCAUUCCCUACUGGCCACACCAGGCCCUACCCAGGCCAUGUCUUUGCCACACGAGGGCUCUUCUCCUAGUUUGGCUGCACCCCAACAGCAGCUUGCCCUGGGACUUGGAGGUUCCCGACAGCCGGGCUUGGCCCAACCGCUGAUGCCUACCCAGCCACCAGCUCAUGCACUCCAGCAGCGCCUGGCCCCAUCCAUGACCAUGGUGUCCAACCAAGGGCAUAUGCUAAGUGGGCAGCAUGGGGGACAGGCAGGCUUGGUGCCCCAGCAGAGCCCACAGCCAGUGCUGACACAGAAGCCCAUGAGUACCAUGCCACCUUCCAUGUGCAUGAAACCCCAGCAGCUGGCAAUGCAACAGCAGCUGGCUAACAGCUUUUUUCCGGAUACAGACCUGGACAAGUUUGCUGCAGAAGAUAUCAUUGAUCCCAUUGCAAAGGCCAAGAUGGUGGCUUUGAAAGGCAUCAAGAAGGUGAUGGCUCAGGGAAGCAUUGGAGUGGCACCUGGUAUGAAUAGGCAGCAAGUGUCCCUGCUAGCCCAGAGGCUCUCAGGGGGGCCCGGCAGUGAUCUGCAGAACCACGUGGCAGCUGGGAGUGGCCAGGAGCGGAGUGCCGGUGACCCCUCCCAGCCUCGUCCCAAUCCACCCACUUUUGCCCAGGGAGUGAUCAAUGAGGCUGACCAGCGGCAGUAUGAGGAGUGGCUGUUCCAUACCCAACAGCUCUUACAGAUGCAGCUGAAGGUGCUAGAGGAGCAGAUUGGUGUGCACCGCAAGUCGCGGAAGGCUCUGUGUGCCAAGCAGCGUACUGCCAAAAAGGCAGGCCGUGAGUUCCCAGAGGCUGAUGCUGAGAAGCUUAAGCUGGUUACGGAGCAGCAGAGCAAGAUCCAGAAGCAGCUGGAUCAGGUCCGGAAGCAGCAGAAGGAGCACACUAAUCUCAUGGCAGAAUACCGGAAUAAGCAGCAGCAGCAGCAGCAGCAACAACAGCAGCAGCAACACUCAGCCGUGCUGGCCCUUAGCCCUUCCCAGAGUCCCCGGCUACUCACAAAGCUCCCUGGUCAGCUGCUCCCUGGCCAUGGGCUGCAGCCACCCCAGGGGCCACCUGGUGGGCAAGCUGGAGGUCUUCGCCUGCCCCCUGGGGGCAUGGCACUACCUGGACAGCCUGGUGGCCCCUUCCUCAACACGACCCUGGCUCAACAGCAACAACAGCAACAUUCUGGUGGGGCUGGGGCCCUGGCUGGCCCCUCAGGGGGCUUUUUCCCUGGCAACCUUGCUCUUCGAGGCCUAGGACCUGAUUCAAGGCUUUUACAGGAAAGACAGCUGCAGCUACAGCAGCAACGCAUGCAAUUGGCCCAGAAACUGCAACAACAGCAGCAGCAGCAGCAGCAGCAGCAGCACCUCCUAGGACAAGUGGCAAUCCAGCAGCAACAGCAGCAGGGCCCAGGGGUACAAGCAAACCCAGCUCUGGGCCCCAAGCCCCAGGGGCUUCUGCCUCCCAGCAGCCAUCAGGGCCUCUUGGUCCAGCAGCUGUCCCCCCAACCACCCCAGGGGUCCCAGGGCAUGCUGGGCCCUGCCCAGGUGGCAGUGUUGCAGCAGCAGCAACAGCAGCAGCAACAGCAGCACCACCCUGGAGUUUUGGGUCCCCAGGGCCCGCACAGACAGGUGCUUCUGAACCAGUCUCGGGUGCUGAGUUCCCCCCAGCUGGCACAGCAGGGUCAGGGCCUUACAGGACACCGGCUGGUCACAGCCCAGCAGCAGCAGCAACAGCACCAACAGCAGGGAUCCGUGGCAGGGCUUUCCCAUCUUCAGCAGGGUCUCAUGCCACACAGUGGGCAGCCCAAACUGAGCGCUCAGCCCAUGGGCUCCUUACAGCAACAACAGCUUCAGCAACAGCAGCUACAGCAGCAGCAGCAACAGCUACAGCAGCAGCAGCAACAGCUACAACAGCAGCAGCAGCAGCAGCAACAACUUCAACAGCAACAGCAACAACUACAACAACAGCAGCUACAACAGCAGCAGCAGCAGCAGCAGCAGUUUCAACAGCAGCAGCAGCAGCAGAUGGGCCUCUUGAACCAGAGCCGAACUUUACUUUCUCCGCAGCAGCAGCAGCAGCAGCAGCAGCAGCAGCAGGUGACGCUUGGUCCUGGCAUGCCAGCCAAGCCUCUGCAACACUUUUCUAGCCCCGGAGCCCUGGGCCCAACCCUCCUUCUCGCGGGCAAGGAACAAAGCAUUGUAGAGACAGCUCUUCCUCCAGAGGCCACUGAGGGGCCCUCCACACAUCAGGGAGGGCCGUUAGCAGUAGCGACUGUUCCUGAGUCCGUGGCCACUGAACCAGGGGAGGCAAAGCCCUCACUCUCUGGGGACGCGCCACUCCUGCUUGUCCAACCCCAGGCCCAGCCUCAGCCCAACUCUGUGCAGCUGCAGCCACCUCUGAGGCUCCCAGGACAACAGCAGCAGCAAGUUAACUUGCUCCACACAGCAGGUGCAGGAAGCCAUGGGCAGCCAACCAGCGGAUCAUCUUCUGAGGCCUCACCUCUGCCCCACCUGCUGGCCCAAUCCUCUGUUUCUUUAGGGGAACAGCCUGGGCCCAUGACCCAGAACCUUCCAGGCUCUCAACAGCCCCUUGGAUUAGAGCGGCCCAUGCAAAAUAAUGCAGGGUCACAGCCUGCCAAACCAGGAUCUGCCCCGCAGUCUGGGCAGGGCCUGCCUGGGACUGGACUCAUGCCUACAGUGGGUCAGCUUCGAGCACAGCUCCAAGGAGUCCUCGCCAAAAACCCACAGCUGCGGCACCUGAGUCCUCAGCAGCAGCAGCAGCUACAGGCACUGCUCAUGCAGCGGCAGCUGCAACAGAGUCAGGCAGUACGCCAGACCCCACCCUACCAGGACCCUGGGACCCAGCCCUCUCCCCUCCAGGGCCUCCUAGGCCGCCAGCCCCACCUUGGGGGCUUCCCUGGAUCCCAGACAGGCCCCCUCCAGGAGCUAGGAGCAGGGCUUCGACCUCAGGGCGCACCUCGGCUCCCCACCCCACAAGGAGCCUUAUCCACAGGACCAGUCCUUGGCCCUGUCCAUCCCACACCUACACCAUCCAGCCCCCAAGAGCCAAAGAGACCUUCCUCACAAUUACCUUCUCCCAGCUCCCAGCUCCCCUCUGAAGCCCAGCUCACCCCCAUCCAGCCAGGGACCCCAAAACCCCAGGGGCCACCCUUGGAACUGCCUCCUGGGAAGGUCUCACCUGCUUCUGCCCAGCUUGCGGAUGCCUUCUUCGGCAAGGGGGUAGGACCUUGGGACCCCCCAGACAACCUUGCAGAAGCCCACAAGCCAGAGCAGAGCAGCCUGGUACCUGGCCAUCUGGAGCAGGUGAAUGGGCAGGUGGCACCCGAACCACCCCAUCUCAGCAUCAAGCAGGAACCUCGGGAAGAGCCAUGCGCCUUGGGAACGCAGGCAGUGAAGAGGGAGGCCAAUGGGGAGCCAAUAGGGGCACCAGGUACCAGCAACCACCUCCUGCUGGCAGGCCCCCGCUCAGAGGCCGGGCAUCUGCUCUUGCAGAAGCUUCUACGGGCAAAGAAUGUGCAACUCAGCACUGGGCAGGGGCCUGAGGGGCUGCGAGCUGAGAUCAACGGGCACAUUGACAGCAAGCUGGCUGGGCUGGAGCAGAAACUACAGGGUACUACCAGCAACAAGGAGGAUACAGCAGCCAGGAAGCCUUUGACACCGAAGCCCAAGCGGGUACAGAAGGCAAGCGACAGGUUGGUGAGCUCCCGAAAGAAGCUGCGGAAGGAGGACGGGGUCAGGGCCAGCGAGGCCUUGCUGAAACAGCUGAAACAGGAGCUGUCCCUGCUGCCCCUAACAGAGCCUACCAUCACCGCCAAUUUCAGCCUCUUUGCUCCUUUUGGCAGUGGCUGCCCGAUCAAUGGGCAGUGCCAGCUGAGGGGGGCCUUUGGAAGUGGGGCGCUGCCCACUGGCCCUGACUAUUAUUCCCAGCUGCUUACCAAGAAUAACCUGAGUAACCCGCCGACACCACCCUCGUCGCUGCCCCCCACCCCACCCCCAUCGGUGCAGCAGAAGAUGGUAAAUGGUGUCACUGCAUCUGAAGAGCUGGGGGAGCACCCCAAGGAUGCUGCCUCUGCCCGGGACACUGAAGGCACACUGAGGGAUGCUUCAGAGGUGAAGAGUCUAGACCUGCUGGCCGCCUUGCCUACACCCCCUCACAAUCAGACUGAGGAUGUCAGGAUGGAGAGUGACGAGGACAGUGAUUCUCCUGACAGCAUUGUGCCGGCUUCAUCUCCUGAGAGCAUCCUAGGGGAGGAGGCUCCUCGUUUCCCUCAGCUGGGCUCAGGCCGGUGGGAGCAGGACGACCGGGCUCUCUCCCCUGUCAUCCCCAUCAUUCCUCGGGCCAGCAUCCCAGUCUUCCCAGAUACCAAACCUUAUGGGUCCCUGGACCUGGAGGCCCCUGGGAAGCUGCCUGCCACAACUUGGGAAAAGGGCAAAGGAAGCGAGGUGUCAGUCAUGCUGACGGUCUCUGCUGCUGCAGCCAAGAACCUGAAUGGUGUGAUGGUGGCAGUUGCAGAGCUGCUAAGCAUGAAGAUCCCCAACAACUACGAGGUGCUGCUCCCAGAGAGCCCAGCCAGGGCAGGCAUUGAGCCUAAGAAGGGGGAAGCUGAGGGCCCUGGCGGGAAAGACAAGGGUCUGGGCGGCAAGAGUCCAGAAGCUGGCCCUGAUUGGCUGAAGCAAUUUGAUGCUGUGUUGCCUGGCUAUACCCUCAAGAGCCAGCUAGACAUCUUGAGCCUCCUGAAACAGGAGAGCCCUGCCCCAGAGCCACCUACCCAACACAGCUACACCUACAAUGUCUCCAAUCUGGAUGUGCGACAGCUCUCAGCCCCGCCUCCUGAAGAACCCUCCCCACCCCCAUCCCCCUUGGCACCCUCUCCUGCUAGCCCUGCUACUGAACCCCUAGUUGAACUUCCGGCUGAACCCUCAGCUGAGCCACCAGUUCCCUCGCCUCUGCCACUGGCUUCAUCCCCUGAAUCAGCCCGGCCCAAGCCCCGAGCCCGGCCCUCUGAAGAGGGUGAAGAUUCCCGGACCCCUCGCCUCAAGAAGUGGAAGGGGGUGCGUUGGAAGCGGCUGCGGCUGCUGCUGACGAUCCAGAAGGGCAGUGGGCGGCAGGAGGAUGAGCGGGAAGUGGCAGAGUUUAUGGAACAGCUUGGCACAGCCCUGCGACCCGACAAGGUGCCUCGAGACAUGCGGCGCUGCUGCUUCUGUCAUGAGGAGGGUGAUGGGGCCACUGAUGGGCCUGCCCGCCUGCUGAACCUGGACCUGGACCUGUGGGUGCAUCUCAACUGUGCCCUGUGGUCCACGGAAGUAUAUGAGACGCAGGGUGGGGCGCUGAUGAAUGUGGAGGUUGCUCUGCACCGAGGACUGCUAACCAAGUGCUCCCUGUGCCAGCGCACUGGUGCCACCAGCAGCUGUAAUCGCAUGCGUUGUCCCAACGUCUACCAUUUUGCCUGCGCCAUCCGUGCCAAGUGCAUGUUCUUCAAGGACAAGACCAUGCUCUGUCCAAUGCAUAAGAUCAAGGGGCCCUGUGAGCAGGAGCUGAGCUCUUUUGCUGUCUUCCGGCGGGUCUACAUUGAGCGGGAUGAGGUGAAGCAAAUCGCCAGCAUCAUCCAGCGGGGAGAGCGGCUACACAUGUUCCGUGUUGGAGGCCUUGUGUUCCAUGCCAUUGGACAGCUGCUCCCCCACCAGAUGGCUGAUUUCCACAGUGCCACUGCCCUCUAUCCCGUGGGCUACGAGGCUACGCGCAUCUACUGGAGUCUCCGCACCAACAACCGCCGCUGCUGCUACCGCUGCUCCAUUGGCGAGAACAACGGGCGGCCGGAAUUCGUCAUCAAAGUCAUCGAGCAGGGCCUGGAGGACCUGGUCUUCACUGAUGCCUCUCCCCAGGCUGUGUGGAAUCGCAUCAUUGAGCCUGUGGCUGCCAUGAGAAAAGAGGCCGACAUGCUGCGGCUCUUCCCCGAGUACCUGAAAGGCGAGGAACUCUUUGGGCUGACGGUGCAUGCCGUGCUGCGCAUAGCUGAAUCACUGCCUGGAGUGGAAAGCUGUCAAAACUAUUUAUUCCGCUAUGGACGCCACCCCCUGAUGGAGCUGCCACUCAUGAUCAACCCCACUGGUUGUGCCCGAUCAGAGCCUAAAAUCCUCACACACUACAAACGCGUUUUCACAUCCAUUAUCUCAUUUGAUCCUCACAACAACCUUAUGAGGCCCCACACCCUGAACAGCACCAGCAUGUCCAAGGCAUAUCAGAGCACCUUCACAGGAGAGACCAACACCCCGUACAGCAAGCAGUUUGUGCACUCCAAGUCAUCUCAGUACCGGCGGCUGCGCACUGAGUGGAAGAACAAUGUGUACCUGGCUCGCUCCCGUAUCCAGGGCCUGGGGCUUUAUGCAGCCAAGGACCUAGAAAAGCACACAAUGGUCAUCGAGUACAUUGGCACCAUCAUUCGCAACGAGGUGGCCAACCGGCGGGAGAAAAUCUAUGAGGAGCAGAAUCGAGGCAUCUACAUGUUCCGAAUAAACAAUGAACAUGUGAUUGAUGCUACGUUGACCGGAGGCCCUGCCAGGUACAUUAACCAUUCCUGUGCCCCUAACUGUGUGGCAGAAGUUGUGACGUUCGACAAGGAGGAUAAAAUCAUCAUCAUCUCUAGCCGGCGAAUCCCCAAAGGAGAGGAGCUGACCUAUGACUAUCAGUUUGACUUUGAGGACGAUCAGCACAAGAUCCCCUGCCACUGUGGAGCCUGGAAUUGUCGGAAAUGGAUGAACUAAGAAGCUUUGUGGCUACCAGGCAGGGGAGUCCCCCCACCCCCAAUCUCUUCCCUGAAAGGGUUGAGGGGGAAGAGAGGUAGCAGCCAGAGCCAGGACCCAGGGCUGGGGCUGCCGGCUGACCGGAGCCCCUGGAGCAGGAGGCUGGGGCAGAGGGCCCUAGGCCAAGCCCACCCUGGGCACCAGGGACAACCCUCUUCCCCGCCACCGGCCCCCAGGCUGGCAUCUCUGCCCCCAGCUCCAGGAGGGGCCAGACAGAAGCAGCCAUUGGGCAUCUCAGGUUUGAGGGGGAUAUGGGCCGGGAACUACCCAGAAGCAUCUGGGAGGCAGCAGGGAGGGGGGAGGAGGAUGUGUGGCCGGGCCUCACAGCCCUGCUGCUCCCACCGACCUCUCCGGCCCAACUCAAGGCUGCAAAGAGACUUGACUAAGCUUGACAAUCCCAAAGGCCGGGUCCCACACCUGGCCCUGCCUGCCGGGUCCUGCCCCCACCCUCACCCCCAUCCCUUUCCCUCUCAAUCUGUCUCUGUCUCCCUCUUCUCCUCUGUGUUUCUGUCUCUCUAUGGGUUGUGUUUCCUUGUUUUCCACUCUGACAAAUGCAACAUGAACGGGAAAGAGGCGCCCAGCUGCCCAGGAGGGCACGCCAGGCAAGCCGGGCAAGGAGACCCCACACCCACACCUACCUCAUUUAAGUGUUGGAUUUUUUGCUGUUUUGAAAUGUGAGACCCUCUCCAAGCCCCCUACUGCCCCAACCCUCUCCCCCACCUCACUGCCCUCUUCUGAGUGGGUGGAAGGAGGGUAGGAGGAGGAAGAAAAAACAACAACAAAAAAUCCAUCUUUGUUUUUAAUUAUGGGCAUGGGAUGGUGGUUGAGGCUAAUGAUGAUGAAGAUUGGGGAUGACUGGCCCCUAGUUGCUCUAGGACUUCCUUCUCCAUCUGGACAUGGGGGCAGGAGGGGUGUGCUAAACCUAGGACCAGGAUAUCUCCCUCCUGUUUUCCCAACCCCAUCAUGAGCCCAUUUGCCCUCCAGCCCCUGGAUGGGGUGGGUGGGUGGUAGGGUGAGGGCUAUCCCUGAGUGGCAUGCCCAUACCCAGUGAGGCAGGGUGUGGCCCGGAGCUCCCACUUUCCCUCAGUCACCAAACUGCUGCUGGUCUGGUGGGAAGGGGUGGUGAUGUGGGGAUGGGGGAGCUUAGUGUCAGCGCGGGGGGGGGGGGGGGUAUUUAUCUAUUUAUACAUGGGAUUGUACAUAGUCUUGUGGGGCAUGGGGGAGCCGGCUGGAGGUGAGAACCCUCCCCUCUCCCCCCACCCCCGGGGAGAGCAAAUGUAAAACUACUAAUUUUUGUGCUUUAUAUAUUCUAUAUAAAUAUAUCUAUUUUCUUUUUACAAAACCAGUUUAUAAAUGGUAGGGGGGUGUGGGGCGGACACAUGGAGCUCCCCUUGUGGGGGGGCCCCUCCAUUACCCAACCUACCGCCCUUUUCCUCACCCCCUCCUCCCCACCCCCUGGCUGUGACUGCUGUAAGGUGGGGGUAUAGAGGCUGGGCGAGUCCCACCCCCUGUUGUAUAGUUGGACUAUGUUAUAACGCACAAAAGUGAGCUGGCCCCAGGGGGAGCCAGAGGGUGAUGGGGUCCCUGCCUCCCUUUCCUUCCCCUUUCUGCCCAAGCUUGUGCUGCAGUUGAACCUCUUCCUGGGGGUAGGGGUAGGUCAGGGGGUGGGUGAGGCCCCAGACCCCUCUCUGGUAGGGAGCCAUGGGGAUGAAGAUGAAGCUUAUAUGCAGUUCUCUCCUAGGGGCUGUGGGCAAAGGGCAUUUUGUAAUUAAUAUUUUCAAGAAUCAAAUGUCUGGAGUGUAGGGAUGGGCUUGGUGACAGUGGAUGGGCAGGCCUGCUGGAGGGGGAGCACGGUCGCUGUUGUGAUUUUAGGUUUGUUUUGUUUUGUUUUUGAAUUUGGGGGGUUGCGGAUUGAUGGGGGUAGGGAGUUUUUUUUUUUUUUUUUUAAGCUGCUUCCUCAACUGUUUCAAGCUGCAAAUGUUUAAGAGAAUAACAUCCCCUCACCCCCACAGAAACCACUGUAAUUAAAUCAGACAGUGGGGAGACUGGGCUGCUGCCCCCAAAGCCAUUGGAUGUUCCUUUUCCAAGAGCAAAAGGCCUAGGCUACAGGGAGGGAGAGAUUGGCUCCUGUGAGUCAGGCUCUGGUUGGGGCUUGGGCCCUGGGAUUGGGAAAAGGGGAUGGGGCAGACUUUGUAAGCAUAUGCUAGGUAUCCGAUAGUCCUGUAGAAUUUAGUGAAGAAACCUUAUACAGUUUUUAAUUUUUAUAUAAACUAACUCAGACCCAAGCUACAGGUUGGAAUUUUGGUUGUUGGUUUUUUUAAGUACCCCGCCUGUAUAAUUGCAUCAGAAUUCCCUCCUCUCCCCUUCCCCCCGUGUUUGUAUUUUGGGUUGGUUUACACUUGCACAUAUUCAAUUUUCAGUUUUUCCCCUUUACGGUCUUCUCCCUUCACCUCCAGGACCCUCCCCCUUUUUAAAAAAUAAAUCGCUGACAAGUGUGAAUCCCGUGAAGACUUUAUUUUGUGUUGUGUGUAUCCUGUACAGCAAGGUUGGUCCUUCGUAACAACGGAUGAAAUGAUUCCCUUUUUUAAAGCGCCCUCUCUCCCUCCUCCCCCAGCGCCCCUGUCCUUGGCAUGUUUUGUAUCAGCGAUCAUUCUGAACUGUACAUAAUUUAUGUUGCAAGAGGCAAAGGGCAAGUUUUGGAUUUUGCUUCUUCCAAGUUUGUUUUUAAACGACAAAUAAAAAAACAACAUUUUAAAUA